AUGUCGAAGGUUGUAUUUGAGCUAAAGGUCUUUCGGAAACAACCUCUCUAUAUCCACAAGGAUAGUGAUAUUUCCACUGUAAGUGAACGUAAGGGUCUCACAGUACAGCUUUCUGAAGGCUCAAGAUAUCUUGGCCAUUAUGUCGAUCGUGUUUUCCGAAAUGGUGAUUCUUUUCCUGUAAACCAGAGUAUUUGUUCUAUAUACUUGUAUAGAGGUCAAGAAAUAUUUACCAGUAUAUACUCUAGUCUUGUCUUGACACUGCAAUUUCUUUACUACCAGCGUAAUUUUUUUUCAAGCCCCACAAGUUUAUCAUCCGUCGUUCUGACUAUCCUAGCUCUUGUCGUCUACGCUAUAAGCCCCCCUGAUGACUCAUGGGUUGUUGUGGGCGUCAUUGCUGUACAUGUUGUCCCGGUGAUACUAGUCGUUAUGAUAUAUGAAAUUUGUUCUAUACGUCAAGCUAGAGACAGAGCAAGGAUUGCAUCCGUUAACCACUUGAUUGAUUGUGAUGAACUCCAUCACUAUGUGCCUCCAUUAGAAGCAUUUCCCACCAGAAGACGAUUGCAAGACCUGAGGCUCCAAAUUGCUCUUCUAAAUCGUGAAGUUGAUGAGUUUGAACACCAUACCUACGGAGAGUUGUCUUCUGCUAAUAUCUUCAGAAUUCCCUCCAUGAAUGACGAAGAGAUAAAUGCUUUACCUGCUCACAGUUGCAAAGACACUUGUCUAGAGAGUGAGGAUGCACCACCGAAACAGGCCUCAUCUUCUUCAACCUCAGCCUUAGCCUUAGACCAGGAAUCUAUGACAAUAGGUAUGCCAGACGACGAUGGUUCAUCUGAUGAAUUGAUAUGUAAUAUUUGUUUGGAGCCAGUUAUUGAGGGAGACCUUGUUUGUUGCUUUCCAUGUAUCCAUCAGUUUCACGCUGCAUGCCUUGAUAAAUGGCUCGUUUUGAGUUCUUCCUGUCCAGUCUGUAACUUAUGCUGAAGUCAGGAAGUAUGAAAUGGUGUGAGGAAUUACAAAGCUUAAAACUCUAUGUUUGAAGAAUAAAUGAAUUCUUAUAAGAAUUCUCUACUCUAGUUUGCAGACUUAUUGAAGCAGUAUGUAAAAUUAAUAGGUAGAAGCCUAUACUAUUUCCCUUUUGAAGUUGUGUGUAUUUGAAGUUUGGUUUGUU